AUGGGGCUGAAGCGAGGUGUGCUGGCAACAGUAUGGCAGGUGAUCAAAGGGCGUCAAGGGGUAGAACUUGACGCCUUUCCCAGUGUCACCGACCACGCGCUAGCCGACUGCGACGCGCUGCAGAACUCAGUCGACUGCCAUCUUGACCAUUUGGGCAACCUAUGGGUCCUUGACAGCGGCAUCGUUGACACCAUAGACAAUCCAAGAUGUACUUGCCCUCCUAAAGUCGUGGUCAUCAACGUCGUCCUAAAGAAGGUGACGAAGACGAUCAAGUUGGUCUCGACAGUAGAGCCCAUGUCGCAACUGCAGAACAUUGUCGUCGAAUACUCUGUUACUGGUACAUUCGUUUACAUUUCAGAUGCAUCGCGUGGUGCGAUCAUCGUCCAUGAAGUGUCAAGCAACGAUGGCUGGUCAGUGCUCGCCUGCGCUCCUGCAAUCGGCAUACAGCUGGCUCUGGUAAAGAGAGGUCCUCUACACAACUCUUUGAUACUCAUCAGAAUACAUCAUAGGGGUCUACUGGAAUUGGAUACAGCAGCGUUAAAGAGAAAAAUCUGCAAUUCACCCUUGACUGUGAUAGGUGAGAAAGACCAGGCAGUGUUUCUCCUCGGCUUCGACGCUCACCAUUUAUACUUACGCCAUUCGGAAUGUGCAGAUGUUCUCUCCUGGGACAUUCAGAAGCCGUACUCCAACCUCAUGAACAUACAUUCAGCGGGCCCCCAAAUGGUUCCUACCUCUGUUACAAGUGACCCUCUUAAACACUCACUUCUCGUAUUGGAUACCAAUUACGCAGAAACAGUGUUAGAAACAAAAGCAACCUAUCAUAAAUUAACAUUUAUUGGUCAGGUUUGAUUUCUUCAUAACAUGUUAUGUAAACUUA